AUGGCGGAAGGCCUGCAAUCAUGGGACUUCCUGGAGACACUCCCAGGAAUAGAUUUCUUCCGCUUGUACAAGAGUCCUUCCUCAGCACUUGCUAUCUUCCGCAAGAGACUCUCGUCCUUGGCCAAGGCCUUCGUCAUGGGCAUGCUCUAUAUGCCCGCACCAAUGCCGCUGAAACACUUCGAAAUUAUGGUCAAAGACGGGAGUAUUCGAGAACGCGACACGGCGAUCAAUCUCCUUCAACGUUAUCACAUCUUCAAAGAAAUAAGGUCUGCGGCCGGGAGAAGCUUCUCGCUGACGCCAGAAUUCGCAAAGUCCUUACGUGUGGCACUAACUGGUCGAGGCGAAGGCCAUUCGUUUGGCAAGAUCACGUCUGUGCCUGUCGGUGAGCAGGUCGACAUCGAUUUCCUGGAUGAGUAUGCACGACGACAAUGGGAAGGAAUACUGGGCUACAUGGUCAGCUCGUCUGAUAAUCCGAUUGAAAGUGCAGAGCCACUUAGCCGUCCUUCAAGCAAAAUUAUCGAGCUUCUGCGAGUGGGUGGUCUGGUGGGUGGGAGAGGCAAUCAGGACAUCACGAAGGAAGGCUUCUCGUUCGUGCUACAAGAUCUCAACACACAGAUAUGGUCCCUUCUGUUCCUGUAUGCAGAAGUCGCUGAUCAAUUCGAGCUGAACACCAUCGACGUGCUGAGCUUCUUAUUGCACCUAUCUUCUCUCGAAUUGGGUCAGGCCUACUCAACAGAGAGCCUAGACAGCACUCAAAUGCAGUGUCUUGAUGAUCUUCAAUCUUCGGGGAUUGUCUUCAUGCCGCUCAAUAGUGAUGGAACCCCGGCACCAUACUUCUAUCCUACUCGACUGGCAACAACGUUGACUUCCGACUCCCAGAGUACUAUCUCGGCCACGAACGCGACUUUGGGAUCGUCUCUAUCAGCGUCUACCCCAGGCCAAGGCUUUGUCAUUAUCGAAACCAAUUAUCGAGUCUACGCGUACACCGACUCACCUCUCCAGAUCGCCCUUCUAGGCCAAUUCGUCAGACUACGCUCUCGACAUGCAAACUUGGUCACGGGAAAGAUGACCAAGGGCUCCAUCCAGCGUGCCAUAUUCAGAGGUAUAACUGCGGACCAAAUCAUCUCUUAUCUCACCUCUCAUGCUCACCCACAAAUGCGCAAACGAGCUCAACAAGAACAGGCUCAGCUUCGAGCACGCAACAUCGAUCAAGGCAAGACUAUUCCCAUAAUACCGGCGACCAUACUCGACCAGAUACACUUAUGGGAGAUAGAGCGCGAACGAAUGACAGCGACGAAUGGCUUCCUGAUGAAAGACUUCGACAAGGACGAUGAGUACAGAGCGGUCUCGACCUAUGCCGAUGAAAUCGGCGUGCUCAUCUGGAAGAACGACAGAAAGCGCUUGUUCUUCAUCAGUCGAAUAGAACAGGUGAAGACCUUCCUGCAAGAGAGAAGGGGCGGUGGACAGAGUUCGUCCAGAUGA